UUAUUUUGUUGUUUGUGUACUAAAAACUUUGCCCCUCUCUCUCUCUCUCUAGAAAUUGUGAGUGAUAAAAAUUGUAAUGGUGGAUCUUCAGAUCGUUUGCUGCAUGUGCGGCGACAUCGGUUUCCCCGACAAGCUCUUCCGCUGCAACAAGUGCCGCAACCGCUUCCAGCACUCGUAUUGCAGCAACUACUACAGCGAAUCGGCGGAGCCAAUUGAGGUGUGCGAUUGGUGCCAGUGCGAAGGCCGGAGCUCCUCCAGAUCACACGGCAGCUCCUCCAAGAAAUCGCCACCGCCGCCGCCGCAAGCUGGCGGCGGCGCCGGGAUCAUGACCCGCUCCGACUACACCACCGUCAAAAUCAAGCACGGAGAAGAUCAUACCGCCGCCGCCGACAAGGGCAAACACGCCGGCGUCGGCGGCGUCCCGUCGCCGCGACCGACCACGCGGAGGUACAAGCUUCUCAAGGACGUAAUGUGCUGAAAAAUGGAGCGGUGUGUAAAACGCUGCGUUUUGAAUUUUCUUCCGUAUAGUUUCUCUCUUCUCUCAAAUGUUAAUUAUUAUAUAAAAACGUAU